GUUGCCGUAGAGUAACGAGGCUGUGCAGUUUUCUGUGAUGACAGGUAAACAACGUGCUGGAAAACGACAUUGAGACUAGUUUAACCAAAGAAUUGGGAAGACACUGUGGAAAGACCUGACUGUGGAGCUCACCGAACCUGCAGGAUGUUUCCAGAAUUAAACAACAUUUUAAACACUAGCCCUGACAGAUGUGAGCAGGGUCAGUUCAUCCUGGUGUCAGACAGCAAGACAGACGGCACCUUCCUCAUUCAUCACUUCAUCUCCUUCUACCUGAAAGCGGGCUGCAGGGUGUGUGUCCUAGGUCUGGUGCAGUCCUUCAGUCACUACAGUGCAGUGGGCCAGAGACUGGGGGUGAGUCUGUCGCAGGCUCGUGAGAAGGGCCAGCUGGUGUUCCUGGAGGGGCUGCGAGGCUCUCUGGACGUGCUGCUGCAGGACGGGCCCAUCCCGGACACUGCUCAGCCUCUUGGCUUCCUCAGAUCCCCUGUCCCUGAGCUGCGGGGCCUCUUUGAGUUUGUGCAGUCGUCCCUGUCAUCCACGGAGGAGGAGCGUGCUGCCUGGGGUCCACCGGUACUGAUAGUGGAUGACCUGAGUGUUCUGCUGAGUCUGGGAGUCAGCCCUGGGGCUGUGCUGGACUUUGUGCAUUACUGUAGGGUAGCUGUGUGCACCAGGAUGCAGGGGAACGUGGUGAUGCUGGUCCACAAUGAGGAGGAGCUGGAGGACGAGGGCAGUGAGCUGCUGCUGCGCUCACUCACACUUCAGAGCAGCCUGACCCUGCAGGUACAGGGUCUUGCCACUGGCUACUGCAGGGACAUCCACGGACAGAUGGAGCUGAGAUGGAGGGGAGGCAGUCAGGGUCGGCCUGGGAGAGACCAGGUCAAGCUGUUCCAGUACAAGGUCCAGGACAAGGGUGUGUCUUUCUUCGCUCGGGGCACCUCCAGUGCAGUGCUGUGAGAGCAAGAGCAGGGCCUCAUGCAGCACCCCUUGGAGAAAGCGCACCCUGCUAGGCAGCUGUGGAAAGACAACCUACUGACUGACACCUCCUCCAAUCAAAUACCUGCUUCAUCCUUAUUUAACUCUACAGACAUGGCACAAAACACCAAUUAUAAAUGCUUGACCUAAUUGAGCCUAAACGGAUGCUUUUUUACCAUACAGGUGUCGGAAAUAUUGACUGGCAUGAGAUUCAGUGUGAUAUAAGUCUUGGCAGUGGUCAUUGCAGAAACCCAUUUGGGGGUAAAAUGAAGAACAAAUAUCCCACAUAGUCCUUCCACAUUGGUUGUAAAUAAAUAACUGUGCCUGUACACUUUCUUAUUAAAUUAUUUGCCUAAUUUUGAAGAGGUGAUACUACCAGGUAUCUUGGAUACUAAGAUAUCAUAAGUGGGGUUAACGGGCAGUACGUGUCUGUUUUUUGAAAAAAUGGUUAACAGUCUGGUGUUUUGAGACUGCUUUGUAUAUAUUUGUAGAAUGGACUAUUAGCACGCUGGGUAAAACAGGUAACAUGCAGCAGGAAUGGUUGAAUACUUCUUUGAGUCACUAGUGCUACCUUUAUUUGCCUUUAAUUCCACACCUACAGCAAAAAGUUUUGCAUCCCCUACAAUUUUAAGAUUGAGACUAAUUUAGAUAUUUUAUUUAACAUUAUGUAAUAAGAAACUACAAAAGUAUAUCACAAAAGUCUGCCAGAAGCCAAACAAUAUUCAGUAUUUCACCAUAGAUUUCAAAAUGUCCAUUUUUUUUUUUAUUGUUGUCAGUUUUUCAUUAAGUAUAUCAAAAACUACAAUGCGGUAUGCAAGUCAUUAUGUUAAUGUAACAUUAUUCAGCAGGUUUCAUAUGACUUCACAAAACAAAAUUUGUUAAUUCUAUGGGGUGACUUUUGACCAUUGCUGUAUAUCUGUAAAAGUUACCAGAGCAGAGCCUUCCCACUGCAGUGCCCGCCUACUGUACCAACUGUCAUAAUCACACCCUGUGAGAAAUAAGCAAGUGCAGGUUAAAUGGACACCUUGGGAUUGUACUGUUUAAAAAACAGACACAACGUAACUUUUCUGGAUUAAAACAAGUUUUAAAAAUAAAUACCAAUAUAA